AUGACAAGUUUGAAAAUGCCAGCCACCCAUCUGCUGGAGCAGAAGCUGAGGAAGAAAUUGAAAGAAACUACACUGGAAGCAAAGCCUAAAAAAUCCAGAGUGAAAAAACAGGAAAAAUCAAGCCCUGCAGAAGAAGCCAACAGUGUUCCAACUGAGACUGUUAUCAGAAAAGUGAGAAAAAAUAAAAAGGAGAAGCCACAAGAACAUGGUGAGAAAGACACAUAUGCCAAAUUCAUUAAGGAUCCCAGAAAAGAGAAGGAAAGGCCUUCUUCUCAUUUCAGCGUGAGGAAGACACCAAAAAAGAAACACGCGGAUUCUGAAGAUGAAGUGGAAGAGGAUGAAGAGGAGGAGUUUGAAAGUGAUCUACCAAAAAUACCCAAAAGAAAGAUCCUCAGAGAUAUUCCAUUGGUCAAAAGUAAGGGGAGGAAGGCCAAAAAUAAAGGGAACAAAGCUGAAGCUGAUGUCAAGGCAGGAACUACAAAGACACUAGAAAAGGAUUCAACAUCUGUGUUUCAAGUGAAUGAGGAUAACAAAGGCAAAAAUGUCAAAAUCAAAGAUAUGAAAAAUAGUGAGACAGAAGAUGAUUCCGGUUCCAAUGCCAAGUCAACAACACUGGAGAAGAAGAAGAGUGCAGUGGCAAUGUUUCAGGCUGGAGGAGAAGGCCUCAAGGAGAAGAAAGCUAAAAAGAAAGCUCCCCCCAAAGCCAUUGAAAAUGACAGUGAAGAAGAUGUAGCCCAUAAGAACUCCAACAGGAAAGGAAAAGCGAAGAAAUCCAAAAAGAAAGAAGAAAAACCACCUUCUCCAGUCAUUGAAGAGGACAAUCUGGAGGAUUUUGUGCUGCAGCCAGCUCCUCAUGGAAUGACCAUCAAGUGUCGGCUCACUCGAGACAAAAAAGGGAUGGAUCGUGGUCUCUACCCUACCUAUUACCUUCAUCUUGAUAAUGACAAAAAGGUUUUCUUAUUGGCUGGUCGAAAGCGAAAAAAGAGCAAGACAUCUAAUUACCUGCUUUCCACUGAUCCUACUGACUUGAGCCGAGAUGGGGAGAACUUCAUUGGAAAGUUGAGAUCCAAUUUAAUGGGUACUCGAUUCUCAGUAUUUGACAAUGGUGUAAAUCCGGACAAAGCAAAUGCUGACUGGUCCAACGUACGCCAGGAACUUGCAGCUGUAGUUUAUGAGACAAAUGUAUUAGGUUUCAAAGGACCUCGAAAAAUGACAGUGGUCAUUCCUGGAAUGAAUUCUGAUAAUGAAAGGGUGCCAAUCCGUCCCCGAAAUGAUAAUGAUGGGUUACUCGUAAGAUGGCAGAAUAAGAUAAUGGACAACUUAAUUGAGCUGCGUAACAAAACCCCUGUGUGGAAUGAUGAAACUCAGUCCUAUGUGCUGAACUUCCAUGGAAGAGUAACUCAUGCCUCAGUUAAGAACUUCCAGAUUGUGCACAGUAAUGACCCUGAUUACAUCAUCUUGCAGUUUGGCCGAGUGGCUGAUGAUGCUUUUACCAUGGACUACAAUUACCCACUUUGUGCUGUGCAGGCUUUUGCCAUUGCCCUCUCAAGCUUUGAUGGGAAACUGGCCUGCGAAUAGCACACCUACAAUGCCAUUAUGCCUAGGUUUGUACCAGGUCUGGACCAGCCAGGCCAAAUCUGACCAGUGCAAGCACAAAUAUACCUUACAAUGAAAGGCAGCAGAGAUGAUAUAAAGAGGAAUAAGAGCUCAACUGAGGUUGUUAAACAUCGCCAA